AUGACGAAUACCAUUCCAAUCACAACUCCGCCCCCUGUGGCUCUGGAAGCCACAGUCCCCUGGCUCCAUGGCCCUAGACAGCCGAAACCCUGGCCUUGCCUGCCCUCCAGGCCAAGCCUGCCUGUUUGCUCUUCCCACAUCCCAGCGCUGGCCCUGGAGGCUGAGCAUGGUGUAGACAUGAUCCUGAUGGGCUCCAAUGAACACCUGCAUCCCCCUGCACGCAGGCAGGGCAGAGAGCUCAUGGCUUAUGAAGUCACAGUGCACCGGCGGGACAUAGAAGCUGUCUGCCUCUGCUGUGGAAGUCUCCAGGUGCACACGCAGCACCCCCUGUUCGAGGGAGGGAUGUGUGCCCCAUGCAAGGACAAGUUCCUGGAGGCCCUGUUCCUGUAUGACGAGGACGGGUACCAGUCCUGCUGCUCCAUCUGCGCCUCAGGGGACGUGCUGCUCAUCUGCGAGCUCUCCGAGUGCACACGGUGCUACUGCUUCGAGUGCCUGGAUGUGCUGGUGGGCCCGGGGACCUCGGACAAGGUACACAGCAUGGACAGCUGGGUGUGCUUCCUGUGCCUGCCCUGCCCAGGCAGCGGGCUUCUGAGGCGGCGGCGAAAGUGGCGAGGCCAGCUGAAGGCCUUCCAUGACCUUGAGGCGGAAAGUCCCCUGGAGAUAUACAAAACAGUCCCUGUGUGGAAGAGAGAGCCACUGCGGGUGCUGUCCCUGUUUGGGGACAUUAAGCAAGAGUUGACAAACUUGGGUUUUCUGGAAGCCGGGUCACAGGCAGGGAGGCUGAGACACCUGGAGGACGUCACAGAUGUCGUGCGGAGAGACGUGGAGGGAUGGGGCCCGUUUGACUUGGUGUAUGGCUCGACACCUGCUCUGGGCCAUGCCUGUAACCAUCCUCCUGGAUGGUUCCUGUUCCAGUUCCACCGGCUGCUGCAGUACGCGAGGCCCCCACCCAGCAGCCCAAAGCCAUUCUUCUGGAUGUUUGUGGACAACCUGCUGCUGACCAGAGAGGACCAAGCCAUCGCUGCCCGCUUCCUUGAGACGGAGCCUGCCACACUCCAAGAAGUCCGAGGCCAGGUCCUGCACAGAGCCGUGCGUGUGUGGAGCAACAUUCCCGCUGUGAGGAGCAGCAGGCAUUCAGCUCUGGCCCCCGAAGAGGAAGCGUCCCUGCUGGCCCACGUCACCCAGAACACAGAGCUCAGCACCCGGGCCUCCGCCUCGCUCGUGAAGAACUGCUUUCUCCCGCUAAGAGAAUAUUUCUCAUAUUUUUCUCAGAAUUCACUUCCUCUUUAUAAGUGA